AUGGAGCGGCAUCAACGCAUCGUUACCCAGGUGGCUUCUAAGGUCAAGGGAUAUUUCACACGCAAAGAAUCUUUCAGAAUUAAUCAUGGAUCGACUAACAGCACGCGCCCUUCUCUUAAAAAACGCGUUGUGGACAUCAGCGAGCUACGAAAUGUUCUCAAGGUCGACACCGCAUCGCGGACAGCUCUUGUCGAGCCAAACGUACCCAUGGAUCGCCUAGUGGAAGCCACUCUGCCCCAUGGUCUAGUGCCUCCUGUUGUCAUGGAAUUCCCUGGAAUUACUACAGGAGGCGGCUAUGCGGGAACAGCAGGUGAAAGCAGCUCGUUUCGACAUGGGUUUUUCGAUCGCACGAUCAACUCGGUUGAGAUGGUACUGGCAGACGGCAGAGUUGUCAAAGCCUCACAGCAAGAGAAUAACGACUUGUUUCGUGGCGCAGCAGGUGCUGUGGGAACGCUUGGUGUCACAACACUCAUCGAGCUGCAGUUAAUUCAAGCGAAGCGAUUUGUAAAAACGACUUAUCACCCCACUAGAAGCAUUGCGGAGGCGGUCCGCGAUGUUCGAAAGCAGACUGAAGUCCCCGAGAAUGACUAUGUGGAUGGAAUACUGUUCUCGAAAGACCACGGCGCAAUUGUUACUGGUGAGAUGACUGAUGAUAUACCCGCCGAUCACAAACCCAGGACCUUCUCCAAUCCAUGGGAUCCUUGGUUCUACCUGCACGUUGAAGAGCGCACGAAGAACGCAUUAGCUCCUGUUGUGGAGUAUAUUCCGCUAGCAGAGUACAUGUUUCGGUACGAUAGAGGCGGUUUUUGGGUGGGCCGCUCUGCGUUCAAGUACAUGAAUUUUCCUUUCAACAAGUACACAAGAUGGUUCCUAGACGACUUCCUUCACACGCGGAUGCUUUAUCGCGCAUUGCAUGCGAGUGGCGAAUCGAACAGCUACGUAGUCCAGGACAUGGCACUGCCUUAUCCGAAAGCCGAAAGGUUCAUAAACUAUACCGACGACAAAUUUGGAAUCUGGCCGCUAUGGCUGUGCCCAUUGAAGCAGUCACCGCAGCCCACCAUGCAUCCCCAUACGAAGGGAGACUUGAAAGACGACCAGAUGCUGAACAUUGGACUCUGGGGCUUUGGGCCCAGGAACCGCAAACAAUUCCUUGAAAAGAAUCGCGACUUGGAGAAGCGCUUGGGCGAACUCGGAGGCAUGAAGUGGCUGUACGCACAUACAUACUACAGCGAAGCAGAUUUUUGGAAGCAGUUCGAUCGCGAGUGGCACGAAGGACUACGGAAAAAGUACAACGCGACCACGCUACCUGAGGUCCACGAAAAGGUUCAUGUGGAUAUAGAGAAGCUAGAAGCACAAGCGCAGCAAGACUGGGGUAUGCGACUUCGAUCGAUCUGGCCGCUUGGGGGUUUCUGGGGAUUAUGGAAAUCGAUACAGAGCGGGGACUACCACAUAUCGAGGAAUUCGACUUGGAGGUGGCGGUGA